UCCCGGGUGGCCGCCAUGUGGCGGCGGAGUCGGGGCGUUUGGCCUUUGCUGCAGCUAGUGGCGGGCCGGGCAGUCGCGGGGGCCGCCGGUUGCUCCAGAGGGUUAAGGCGAUCCGCUGCGGCCGGGAAUCCACUGGAGGCGGCAGGGCCCGGCUUCCUCCGACGAGUGACCGCGUCCGGGUUGGGCCGAUUCAGCAGUUUGGGAAGCUCGGAGCUUAGGGAAGCCCCGGAGGGCGCUGGAGGGGGGCAAGAAGAAGCGCCAGGAGGCGGUGGAGCUGGGCAGGAGCCGCGCACGCAGCCGAGUCCCGGCGGGCCUGAAGGUCCCUCGGACCCUGCCCCUUCAGCAUUCACCUUUCAUGAUAUAGUAUCCCUUCUGAGACAAGAAAAUGCCAGCGACAUUUGUGUCAUCCAUCUGCCUCCGGAACUGAAGUACAGCGAUUAUUUUAUUAUUGUUAGUGGAUCCUCUGGAAGACAUCUCCACGCCAUGGCACAGUACCUGUUAAAAAUGUACAAGUAUACAGUGAAAGACUGCAGGACUCAAGUUGUGAUAGAAGGAAAAGACACCGAUGACUGGUUGUGCAUAGAUUUUGGUCAUACUGUGGUCCAUUUUAUGUUGCCAGAGACUCGUGAAUACUAUGAACUGGAGAAGCUGUGGACACUCGGAUCUCACGAUGAUCAGUUGGCACAGAUAGUUUCAGAAUCCUUACCUGAUGAUUUCACAUUAGGAAUAACGCCUGAAGCAGAAUCAUUAGACUCUGUAUAAGACAGGGAAUGGUUUCUGCAGAACUAUGUUAUUCACUGUAGAUUCAAGUGGCAAGCCGGGAUAUAUUAGUGGCAGUUCAAAGAAGGUGCAACAGACCAGCUAACCAUCAACCACAGGGUGGUCAUGGACUCAGCAGCAACCUUAUGGACAUGAUAUAUGCAGCAUCCUAUCCAGCUUACUUAAAAGUAUGUGGCAUAAAGGAAAAGGAAGCUUCCAACUCAUAUUGCAAAAAACAUUGCAAACGAAAGCUUGUAUUAUGAGAUUAAUUGAUGGAAAGUCAUUGUUCCCAUGAAAGUGUUACUGUUCUUUUUCCCUCCGCUGUUUUAUGGGGUAUUGAUCAAUAACACAAUCAGAUGUAGAAGAAAUACAAGUAUUUUGAAAUAGUCACUGAUUUCAUUGAUUAAACUUGUUUGCUGUC